AUGGGUGGGGAACCGACAGGAUAUGUUGUUUGUGUGGACAUGAAGAUAACGACGAAGAAUUCGGCGCGAGGUGUUCAAGAGAAGUCCCAAGAACCGUGUUCUUUUGCAGCGCCUCUAUAUCUGCACGGUGAGCACGGUGCCGCGCGCGCGGCCGCUGCAGCCGCAGCCCGCCGCCGCGCCGGCGCCGCGCAGAGAGAGAUCGCGCGCCCGCCGAGGCCCGUUUCCCAGCUUCGAGACCGUGUACGCCAAGCCCGCGACGGCCGUGAGCCGGCCGCGGGGGAAACUUCCCGCAGCGGCAGCGUGUCGUACGACUGGCGACAUCCACCGGCCGGCGCCGGCUGCGCGGCCCAGCGCCCGUGGCGGGGCGCCGAAACGACGUGCCUGGUGGUGCACUUCCCCAUCGCCCGCUUGCGGCCGGCGGCCGCGUCGCCCACCGCCGCCAGCCGCCCCGCGACCCGCAAGCGCCGCCUCAGCGCCGCCCCCGCCGGCGGGCGCCGCCUACGCCGCCCAGACCGCUCCCGCCCCAUGUCGACGCCUUUCGAGACCGGCCUUCGCAGCAAGUGGCGCGCGUGGAGUACUGCCUCACAACCAGCCCGUUACCGGCGCCGUGGGGUGUCGGCAGCCUACGCUCGCGUGCGGCCGGCCCAGCACGAACCUCGGCGCUCCCCACACGCCAGCGGUCAGGUCCAGCAACGCUGGAGGACGCGCUUCAACGAGCUGGAGGCCAUCUACAAGAGCCUGCGCCUCGGCGACGAGGAUCUGCUGAACGGCGCCGAGCGGCGGGAGGCCCGGCCUACAGACGCGCCACCGCGCGCCGCCGCCAGAAGGCAGGCCUACCCGUGA